CUUGAUCUGUUCUUCCAGCAUGUCCGCACCCUUGCCUGGGAUUCAGCUGGCUAAGACGGUCACUGCGGCCGCAGCCCUGGGGUUUGUACCAGUGGCCAUUCGGUUUAGGCUGUUCGACAUACUGGUGGCGAUGGCACAUCCUGCUCGCGGAGAAGAAGUGCUGGUUGCGUAUCAGCAAACCAUGGGCGUUGAUGAUGAGUCCAUUUUGUGUGCUCAGUUAGUUGAUGAUGCCCUCUACGCAAUGGCUGGACUCGGACUUGUAGACAUGACCGAUGACGGGGCAUACUCCACCAACGAAAUCACCAAGCAUUUAGUGCAGACACCCUCGGCGCAACACGGAGCCUUGCACUUCACCACCGAAGCGCUAUUGGCUGGCGCUUUUCUCCUGCGUCGACUCGAGAGCGACAAUUUUCGAUACCCAUUCCCGGAGCUCCGGACGCCAAUGCAAUAUGCGCAUAAGAUGAUGGGCAAGGAUGAGCUCGCACAGAAGCACACGUACAGUAUCAUGGCCGCCGAAGGACGGAUGGAUAGCUUUAACAAGUUCAUGGAGGGUAAGUUUAUGAAGGCGACUACUGCUCCUGAGCGCCUGGCGCGAUUCGGAUAUGACAUAGAGCCGAUUCUUCGUGAUGCCAAGUCGCGCCGCGUCAUCGCCAUGGUUGACAUUGGUGGUGGUCGUGGGGAGAUGAUGCUGGAAUUCAAACGGGUUUUCUCCGUGUUGUUAGCCGAGGACCUAGUCGUUCAAGAGUUCAACCAUGAGAUCCACGAAAUUGAGGGACUCACGCUGUCUACAUGGAACUACAAAGAUGUCAACAGUGAGCAGCCAAUUCACGGGGCCGGGGUUUAUCAUUUGGCGCAUAUCUUGCACAACCUCCCGGAUCUUGACGCCGCAUGCCUGCUGCAAAAGAUUUCUCAGGCGAUGCAUUCCCAGUCCCGCCUGCUGAUCCAUGAAUUCACGAAGAAUGUCAACAAUGCGAAGAUGCAUGCCACCAUGAUUGCACUGUUCGGGGGACGGGAGAGAACUGCGACGGAGUGGCGACAGCUGGCAGCCCUGGCCGGCCUCAAGGUGACCUUUGAGGCCUAUCCCGAGGCGGGGGAAGGGCUGGUGGAGAUGAGAAAGCUUUGACG